AUGUCCAGGCACUACCCUGCCAGAGCCAUGCCUCAAGCACCUCCACAGGGUGCUCCCAUGCCUCAGGGAGCCAGGGGCCCUGCUCCCUUCCACCAGGCCCCGCCUGCUCGCUCCCGCCACUCUUCUUCAUCCUAUGCCAGCUCUUCGUCAAGCUUUCCCUCGAGCUAUCCUAGUCCCCCUUCCCCACCCCCAGGCGCAGUCCCUCGGGACCUGCGUCCAAGAGAUGCCGUCCCCAUCUCAGAUCUUCGGCAUGAGCGCCUCACAGAGGCUGAUGCCCGGGAGCUCCUCUCGACAUUCCAUGUCAUCCGCCUCGAGAGGGCCCGCAACCCCAACGAUGUUGACGCUGAAGGGUAUCCCCUGAAGCCUUCAUGGGACAGGGUUCAUCAGUUCGUCCAGACUGACUACCCCCAAGAAGAGGCCAGGCGCAGGGUUGCCCAGCUCGUCAAGGAGACGAAACCAGUCUAUGAAAAGAAGAGAGCCAAGGACGUCAUCAUCCAACGCCAGAUCGAGCUUGUUCUGGAUGACUUUGCCAGACGAGAACUUGAUCCUCGGUAUAUAUUCACCUUGGCCCAGUUCGAGUCUCAAUAUCGAAGACUGGAUGACCGGUCUGUCUCGGUUGGCAGACGGAGGAGGAGUCACAGGCAUCACCACAGCAAAAAGUCCAGGAAACACUCAAGCAGAAGCAGAUCUCCUCGAAAGGAGAGACAGGCCAUCAUCAUCUACCUGAAGCGGACUCCCGCUAAGGGGGAGAACGGCUUGAGGAUGCUUCAAGAGGAGAACCAGAGGAAGGCGAGGCGUGAGAUGCCACCAGCGCCAACAGUCCACAUCCGCCCAGGUACAACGGGCCAUCCUCAUGUUGCUCCCCAUCCAGCACCGAUCUACUCUACUCCUACUUCUCAUCCCUCGUCACCACAAGCUCGAUCUCCUCCUGCUCCUCAUCACCCAUCACCACCAACUCGCUCUGCCCCUGCUCCCCAUCAUCCACCUCCAAAUCAUGCGAUCCCUACAGCUCCAGUCAACCCUGUAGCACCACCCAUGAACCCAAAUAUGAGAGGCCAGCCUCAGCCGGCAAUGCCAGGCAAGCCCGGUAUGCGGGAAGGGCUUAACCGCCCACCGUCAAGAGCCCAGCCAAAGCAACCUCAGCCGGACUUUGUCGGAGAGUCUGAUGAUGAGUCUGUUGAUGAGUCCGACGACGAGGAUGCCACGCCAGCAAAGGAGUUUAAUCCGGCACAUCCAAAGAACCCUGGUAACAUGGCACCAGGAACAACACCAGUACCACCUCGACCUGGUGUUGCUCCCCCAAGGCCUGGCCCAGGAAAUUUCCCCGUCCAUCCAAAUGCUGCUCCGGCGCCUCGAGCACCUCCUAACGUGCCAGUCAACCCAAAUGCUGCACCAGGACCCCGAGGACCUCCUCCUAACCUGCCGGCUAACCCAAAUGCCGCCCCGGCACAUCGAGGACCCCCAAACAUGCCAGCAAACCCAAACGCUGCCCCGGAACCCCGAGGUCCUCCUCCUAACAUGCCGGCCAAUCCAAAUGCUGCUGCUGUACCUCGGGGACCCCCGCCAGCUGGUCCUAGACCUGGUCCAGUGCCAAACCUUCAAGCUCCCGUUCCUCCGCCCAACGCCGCGGGACGAGCACCACCACCAGCACAGGCACCAGGAGUUAGCCCGGGGAGGAUGGCAAAUCCUCAAGUCCGGCCACCAUUUGAUCCGCACGCAGCUCCCCAGAAGCCGGGUGUCGGCCCACCAGGAAUGCGUCCACCGCCCAAUGGUCAGGUAAAACUUCAGAAGCCUCCUGUCGGGGCUCAAGUGAACGCUCCUGGUUCCCCAGCAGCUGUGAAGGACCAUAUCAUUGUUACCACAACUAUCAGUGACAAACGUCGCAAGUCCAAGACGUACGAGGAGUCUGAUCGGAGCUCCCGAGACUCCAUGGCAUCGGACGACUGCUUCUCAGCGGAUGAGAGCGAAGGCACAAGGCCCUCGUCCGUCAGCUCUGAUUCAGGUUCAAGGCGAUAUAGCCGAGAUCAGAGCUCGACUCGGACCCGCAAGGAUCGACAUGAAGAUGUUAGGGAGUCUCGUCGCAACAAGCGAGAGUCAGAUGAAGAACGUUCUUCUCGACAUGUCUCUCGGCCACGUGCCCGUUUCAACUCGCCUUCACGUCGCGGAGAGUCCUCGCACCGCCGUAGGGAGUCACCGCAGCGCCGUGGAGAGUCGUCAUACCAUCGCGGGGAGUCACCACGCCGCCGCCGAGAGCACUCUCAUCGACGCAGGGAGUCACCUCACCAGCGAAGAGAGGAAAGCAGGUCGCCAAGACGCGACUCUUAUAGGGAAGACGAGGAAUGGACCCCACGGAGAAGAGAGAGCAUGUCGUCUCCUCGAGUUAUCCAGCGGAAUCCCGCUCCCCGUCUUGUCUCUGUUCCCGAGGCAAAAAGAGAGAUCUACGCGGACUAUGAGAACUCUCGUCUGGAGAAUCGCCUGGAAAGGGCCCGACGAGAGGAUGACAUCCGUGAGCGAGAGAUCCGCUGGGACAACGACCGCCUUAGGGAUCUCGGAGACAGGGGUUUCCGACAUCGCCGUGGGCUCAGGUCGAGAAUCUUUGAUUUUCUAGGAGAUGACUCCUCGCAUAGCAGCCGAGAUUCCCGCUGGCGAGAAGGCGAUGCCAGAGAGUACAUGCGACGAGGCGCCGACUUUGAUCGACUCCGCCCUCUUCGGGACAGGGACUUUUUUAGGAGGGAUUGA